UCACCUCUGGUUUCUCUACCGCUAAUAUCCACAAAGAAGAAGAAUAUUGACAACUCGUUUUUAAAGGGAAACGACUUGCCUGGAUACAUUAUUGCUUUACUUGUAACUAGCCGUUUUGAAUCCAAUAAUAACAUAACUUUUUGAAAAAUAAAACCCCUCAAGGGUCCCGGAAGUGGAAAGUUGCUAAGUUGUCAGCAUUGCCUGGACAGAGAGAGAAGAUGCCAGCAGCAGAGGAGUCAUGUGCCGUCAACAGCGUUGUGGACAACAUCUGUAGGCUGUCUCCAGAUCUGUUGGCUGAAACAUGUCAGCACAUUCUGACUUAUCUGCAAGGGCAGACAAGAGGAGUAGAUUCAACUGAAAUUUCUGAUAGAUUGCAAAGUGCUGGAGUCAGACUUGACCAUGAAGUUCUGCAAGACAUCAUCAGGUUUCUGUUGUUGACAUUCAGGUCAAGUGGGAAGAGCAACAUCUCUGGGGAUGAGCUUGUGUCUAAACUGGAGGACAGCAGUAAUAAAUGGUCCAAAGCUUCCCUUCAGGUGUUGCACAAGCUGUGGAGUGAACAGGGUGCUUUAGUCAACGCUCAGCAGGAGGUUCAGGCUAUGCUCAGCAUCGGCCAGUUAGUGGACAUGCAGUGGAAGCUGGGCAUGGCAGUGAGCUCAGACACCUGUCGAUCUCUCAACUCUCCCUAUGUCACCCUGCUGCUAAAGAUCGUCGAGCCCUCAGGACAGAUCCGUCAGAGGUCUUUUGAGAUGACCAUUCCGCAGUUCCAGAACUUUCAUAAGCAGUUCAAGGAGAUGGCAGCUGUCAUGGAGACUGUAUGAUGGUUGCAGGCACAUUUAAGUGCUUAUCACAGUUACACCACAUUUAUACGUAACCAACGGAAGAACAGUUUGACAUGUGUUUGUCUGCUGGCUGUUUCAAAUGGAUUGUAAUUGCUGCAAAUGCCAACUCUCAGCUUUGUACUUGGAUUUUUCCACAGAUUGCAUAAGCUUCUAGAUGUUCCAGCUAUUAACACUUGAAAAGACUGUCCUCGAUAUGAGUGCCAAGAUUUAACUGUACUUCCUCCUGUUAACUUAUCCAGUAUUGACAUUUUACCUUUAGGGUUUACAUACACUGUUUAUGCUGCAAAACACGACUAAUAUCCUUAAUUGUGCCACAUCUGUUGUAUAAUAUCUAUGAUGGGGUUUAGGUGAAUCACAGUUUGUACUAAAUUGCAGUUUGCCAAUGCAUUUGUACUUUUAGACUAAAUGAAAGUGUAGGUCCACAGUGAGCACAUCCGUUGCUGUAUUUUUAUCUCUGGUUUGGGACUGUGAUUAGCCCCCACUACACAACAUUAUCUACAUAGUUACAGAUAAUAUUUGAAGUUCAUGUUUACUCUGUGCCACAGCUUUUAGUCAGGAAAGCUUGUGAAGGAAAACAGUCUGUGUGAGCUGUUUAGCCAUUGUGCGUGCUUUUAUUGCUAAGUGGUAUAAAGUACCUAAAGUACAUCCAAUCAAAUGCUAUGCUUCAGUACAUUUUCAUGUACUUUGCGUGUAGUUGUAAUUCCAUUUCAUGUUAUGUUUUACUUUGACUCCAUGACAAUUCAGAGGAAAAUAUUCUACUUUUCAUGCCAUUCCACUUUAUUCAGCAACUAGAAUGAAAAUAAUUUGUCCAAUUGAAACUUUACACUUUCAAAAGCUCACAGAAUACAACAUCUUUUUUUGACUUGUGACCCCUAAAAUAAAAUAUGUGUUACAGCUGUGGCUCCUUGUAAUGUUCCACAUGCCUGACAUGUUAUCAGGUUUCAUUUAAACAACUGUUAGAUCACCCGGACGAGUAAAAUAAUCUCCUACUUACCAAAAAGCAAACAUUAGAGAAACGAUUUUAAAAGAAAUCUACAUUGUACAGCAGACUAUUUAACAGCAACUAUCAAACCUCUACUGGCCACUGAUGCAUUACUAGGCUAACGAUUUUGUUUUUGUUGUUGUUUUUUCAGAAUGAAUACUGUUACUUUUGAUACUUGAAAUAAAUGUUGCUAUUCAUACUAUUGUUAUGCUCGAACAUGAUUCUUUGUAGUGGAAUAUGUUUGCAUUGUUAUUUUGGUACUUUAACUCAAGUACAAUCAUCUGAAUACCUUAUCCACCACUAUUGUGAUGCAAGAAAUGAUUAAAUGUGAACCUUAAUGCAUGGUUA